GUGGCGUAGGCCGCAAACACUCUAGAGUUUUGCCCCUCGAGGGAAGCCACAUCGGGAUGAGCUCUGCUGGAGACGAAGAGCGCGCUGCUGCGAGCGGAGAACAGAUCUGCCCGCCGGUGCAGGAGGGCCGCGACGCGGAGCUUGCAAGUUUGCAACGGCAGAUUUCGCAAUUGGCGGCCCUGGUGGAGGAGUCGGUGAAGAAGAAGGAGCCUGGCAGCGUCGUGGCGGAUGCAGCCAGUAGGGGUGGCUGGGUUGCUGCCCCCAGAGGCCAACGAGAAGAGCCCACGCUGCCGCUCGGCGGUGGCGGGGGAUUUCUCCAGCAGCAAACGAGAGAUAGUGGGCAAGGACCAAGGCCGCUGCUGGAAGGCGGCUGGGCCAGCAGAUCGGGAGCGAACCCUGUUGGACCAGCCGGAGUGGACCCGGGCAUAGGACUGGACUACGGGGAAGCGAGGGGGUUAAACCC